UCAUACAUAAUAAUGUACUGUAAUAUUUUGAGGUCUGUUGGUCAGUACUAGAAUAGACAGCAAUGUGCUCACCUAUGUAAUAUUUUCGACACAAUAAUUUGCUGUUGUACUGUACAGUAUCUAUGGCAUUUUUUUGCAUUAGUACAUACCGUAGCAGGGAAAACCUUUGCUAUUCUAGAAUGGGUAAAAAUACUGUAGUAUACGGCUUACAUGAAAUACAAAUGAUUGACAAAUUAUGUAUCAUAUACAUGUUAAAAAUAACCAUUUCACUUCCUAAAAAAACAUAAACACCUAUAAAAUCAGUUGGGUUCUUGAACGUGACGUAGGCGUCCCAAAUGAAUGGCAGCUUGGCAGUAAGACACUAGCAGUAACAGAGAAGUUUGGCAGGGGGCGCACAGCUUCAAAACUCCCAGUCCUUCACAAGUAGUUUCUAGCAGGGGUUAAUAAUCUGCAUUCGACUGCUUUUAAUUGGAGAAACAGAGAUCGCUACAUUGUAACAACAGGAAAACUAAAGCGAGUUGUGUUUAACACAGAGAACAGAAGAUACACUGAGGGAGUGAUGUUGAACCAACCAAAGAGAGUGCAUUGCUUUAUAUAGAACAGAGGACUUACAACGGAACUGAGACCUUACAAGAAAAACAAAACAAAACAAAGAAAGAAAACAGUGGUGAAGAAACAUCUCAGCAAGUUUUAAUAACAAAUACAAAAUAAUUGCUUUCGGAAAUGUGCUUUCACAUCGUUAGAAUAUAACUACAAUAGUGAAAGCAAUGGACGUGACAAUUCACCUGGCAAUGUUUGGGCACGGUUCAAUGUAAUGAGGAUGGCAAGCGAAGGCAAGUCUGAGGCUGGCCCUGGUGGCUGAUUCGGGCUGACAAGGAAAUGCACCUCUCCCGGGUCGGAAUCAGCAAGCUCUGCUUCCUGCUGUCCCUGGUCUUCUGUGCCUUCCUGCUCCUCCUGAUCCCGGGCCUCCAACCUCCACGGAGGCAGGGCGACCUCCCCCAGCCACGGCCUCAAGGCAAGACGGGGUGGGUAAAAGGAGGUAGCGUCGACCAGCAGCCUCUCAAACCCAGCGUCCUCCAGCUCAUCAGGGCUGCGACUCCAGGUCCUGAUACUGAGGGAGUUUUGGACAUGAAAGAAUGGCCUGUAGGCCCACUACAAACUGUUGACAAGAGAAGCGACAGCGCUGAAGUCCUGGGCAGGAACCUGUCUGCCUACGACCCGGAUAAAAGAGACUCGUCGGCUUAUUCGAGUAGCAGCAGUCGCCAAGACUUGCCUGUGAAGGAACCCUUGAAGCAGGGAGACAUAUUUAUUGCUGUGAAAACAACAAGGAAAUACCAUAAAUCUAGGCUGGAUCUGCUGUUUCAGACCUGGAUAUCCAGAGCAAAAGAAGAAACUUUUAUUUUCACCGAUGGGGAAGAUAAGGAGCUAAGAGAAAAAGCAGGAGAUCAAAUGAUUAAUACCAACUGCUCUGCUGCACACACCCGGCAGGCACUGUGCUGUAAAAUGUCUGUGGAAUAUGACAAGUUCAUUGAAUCAGGAAAAAAGUGGUUCUGUCACGUGGAUGAUGAUAACUACGUGAACCUGGCCAGCCUGAUGCGCUUGCUGUCCUCAUACUCCCACACUCGAGACGUGUAUCUGGGCCGCCCCAGCCUGGAUCACCCCAUAGAGGCUGCCGAGAGAGUCAAGAGCGACGGAUCGAUCUCUGUGAAGUUCUGGUUCGCCACCGGGGGAGCUGGUUUCUGUAUCAGCCGGGGGCUGGCACUCAAAAUGAGUCCUUGGGCCAGUCUGGGUAACUUCAUCAGCACUGCAGAGAAGAUCCGUCUCCCUGAUGACUGCACAAUCGGCUACAUCAUCGAGGCCCUGCUGGAAGUGAAAAUGAUCCACAGCCGGCUGUUCCACUCCCACCUGGAGAAUCUGCAGAGACUGCCUAUCGACACGGUGCUUAACCAGGUGACAUUGAGCUACGGUGGAUUUGAAAACCACAGGAAUGUUGUCAGCAUUGGUGGGAUUUUCUCACUGGUGGAGGAUCCCUCACGGUUCAAGACUGUCCAUUGCCUUCUCUACUCUGAUACUAACUGGUGUCGCAGUAAGACAAGGCCAUGACUUGUCUACCUUCAGUGCUACUGCAAUCCCUGUACAGAAGCUGCAAAACUGCACCAUUUUUUUUUUUUUUAAUGACAACCAAAUUAAACUGAGAAGACAUCCUCAAAGUCAAUGGACUAAGCUGACACAGGAGUCAGCCUAAUGAAUAGAGAUUAGGUAAAUGCACACAAGGAGGGUUCCCUACGGUAUCACGCAGGAUUAAUAAAGGAGACAGAAAUCUAGGACUGUUUUGAUGAGAAUCUAGUGUUGUUCAUUCAAUUGCAUUGCAUUUUCAAGAUAGUAUGCUCUAUUUUUAAAACUCUGGAUGCCUAGCUGUGUGUAGUGGGAGUUAUAUAAAUUUUAUACACGCUUAGAAAAUGGCAUUUUUUAAUACUACCAGAAAUUUGUGUCUAAACUGGAUUUUUUAAUUGUGGGUUUGGCCAUUGUUUGGACAUUGGCAGUCUGAUCUUCAUCAAAAGACAUGCCCAUAGUCCUGAUGCAUGUCGAAAAACCAGUGUACCUGUUUAGAGGAGGGCCGGUCCAGUAUACUUGUAUUCUGAGUCCAUUUAAACAGAACGGUACUGGUGCCCUACACUGCUGGCCAGUGUGGGAUAGAUAGUAUUUCUACAGCUUUGUAUAAAGUAAUUCACUUUUUAUUAUGCUUCAGCCUGCAUCAAAAUACAAAUUAACUUGACAAGAGCAGAUUUCAGUUUGAUCAACUUUAAAAUAUAUAUAUACAGUAUAUUAUUAUUUGUUUGCUCCAUAAAGGCAUAUCAUUUACCAUAUAAUUUCAUAGCAAUAUAGCAUAAUGUUGUCCUGUCCAUUUAAAUGAAGAAUAAAAGUUGAACGGUUCUGAAUUACACUCAAGUUGCAACAAAAUCCCCCCUGUUUAGAUUGAUUCUGUGCUGUGAGGUAGUGUACUAAAAAGGUGUUGGAAGCCACCUACAAAUUCAACAGCUCUGUUUCUCUUACUUUAAAACAGCAUAAGCAGAGGGAUUCUAGUCACGCAUGCUUUAAUUCAAUUACAAAACCAGUUUCUUUGGGAACGACCAGCCUUUUCCUACUACUGAAUGUAGUUUGCCCUUCUUAAAAUUACUUUCUUAUUUACACAUCUGCUUGAGAAAUGGUUCCGUUGACCCUCUUUAGCCGUCUCUGAUAUUGCACCUUUGUUUCUCCCUUUAAAAAAACCCACUGGAAUGAUGCAUUGUAAUUAAGCAUUAACUUGGUGCUUUGGUGUGGACGCAGGAGGCUUUGAAGAAGGAUGGUGUUUUAUUGCUGUUCGGCAGCUAAGGAAUGGUGAUCAGAAGCUAUCUGGCAGGUCUCUUGUGACCACUGCUCUCUGUCUUCGCCCUCGGUCAAGGCCACCUGUUGGUAUUGUGCAGGCCGCUCUCUGUAAUGUGCCCUUUUUGCACUGGAAUGUGUAGAAAGAGAGUUCAGUUCAAUAGCAGUCUUGUUUUCCUUUUCAGUCCCUUCAUUACUCUUUCCCAUAGUGGUUUUGAUAAGAGGCUGGCUAAUCUCGGUUUUAUAUUUCCAGCUACCACUUUCUAGUGUACAUAGAGAGCCUGUUGUGUAAUAUAUAUAUAUAUAUAUAUAUAUAUAAGCUGUUUUUGCAUUGCAUAAUCAUUCAUUUCAUUACAAACAUUUAAACGGAUUACCAAGUAUGUUUUAUAAAGAUUUUACAAAUACAUCACUGUAGAUUUAAAAGCUGCAUUUUCAUGGUACUUGCUGUAAUUGAUUCCUGUGUACUGUUGAGUCUCACCCCAGUGGUCUAGCAGCAAUCAGAACUAUGAGAACUACAGCACCAUAUAAGCUAACCAGAUGCAGCACAUUUGUGUCCACAGCGAUGUAUUUGAAAAAUCUGCAGAUCUGAAUCGGAAGUUUAAAGAAAAAGAGAAAUUUAGCACAUUUAAAAGCUGUUGUAGACUUUGAAAGCUUUCAAGGUUAAAUUUAAGUACUGUAUCAAAAUAAUGAAGGUUGGGGGAGGGUUGUAAUGAUGUGUUACUGAAUAUGAGGUUGAUUUUAAGCACUAUAAUCCUCUUCAGCAUUUCUGGCAUCCCUCCUUAGCCACAGCACAGAAACGGUGAAGUCAGGAAAAUACAUGUUUGAUUUUUCACUAUAUAAUUAAAGCGCUUUGCCUUGACUAAAAUGUAAUUACAAAUGGUACUGGAAAAUAUAUUUUCAGCUCAAAUAUUUAUAUUCCCUUUUCCCCUCCAAGUAAGAUUGCAGGACUAGAUUGUGUUUGCUGUAGUGCACUCUAGUGGCAAUACUGUAUACAGCAGUUUGUAUUAUUAAUUUGCUGCUGUUGGUACUAUUCCCUACAAAUCAAUUGGCCUUUUAGCUAACUUUACAUACAGCGUGGCGCCGACAAAUAUGAAUUAAGGUGGUAAUGCUAGAUUAUUUUUGGUGUAUGUUUAAGAAUAUGGGCAACCUAUCCAGAUGAACAACUUUAAAGAUCCAAUCUGCAAUACUUCCUUAAAUCCUCUUUGUGUCAUUUAAAUUUGGUAAAUAGAAGCUGUUGAAUUAUAAUCUAUAUGCUCAGCACAUUGGGUGGCUUGUUGUCAUGUGACCCAGUUCAUGCUUAAAGAUACUCGGUUUUGAACGGUAUAUUUAAAAAAAAAAAAAAAAAGUAUAAUU